UGAUCUCAUUGUUCUCAACACAGAACCUAAAUGUGUAAACACAUAUGUAGGGGAAUCCUAUACGAUUAUAUUGAAUUCACCUCAACAAGAUGGAGAUAUGCUGGUCUGGAAAUGUGAUGACACAGUCAUUUAUAAACGGAGGAAGGGAAAGAUUGAUCCAAAUGCAGAUGUGGAUGUCCAAGGCUCCCUUAUCUUGAACAAUAUCUCCAAGUCAAUGGCUUGUGCAUACAAAGCUGAACAUCAUGAUAGAGAUGGGAAAAAACUUAAAACACACUCUCUGAGACUUUGUGUCUUCUCCAGGGCUCCGACCCCAAAAUUGGCCGUGAAUUGUUCAACAGGUGUUGCAAUCCUCUGGUGUGAGCCUGAGAGCUUUCCUGAGGACCUCACAUUGUCCUGGGUCCACAACAACAGGGUGAUAAAGGAGAAGAGUAACCCUCUACAGCUUGGGAAGGACGGGGAAAGUAGUCGCUACCGGUGUAGACUAAGCAAUAGUCUUGAAACGAAAGACAGUAAUGAAGAAACCGCAUUGUGUGAAGUCUCUGGUUCCUACACAUCAGAUAACAAGUUGAUCUGCCUUUUUAAACUGGUUGUUGUGGGAUUGCUGUCACUGGUUUGGACUGUGUUGCUGGUUGUCCGCUGCAAGAGUUGUCUCCGGCAAAAGAGGAAACAUGGUGAGCGCAGGCCUGUAGCCAGCUAUGAGGUCAGGAAGGUGCAGACCUCUGUACAUUUCUAAGAUUUAAAUUAAAUUGGAAGCUAUAUGGUCAAUAUUUUGAUCAUUCAUGUGGUUCUUUGUUUUAUUAUUUAAUUUUGCUAGUAUAUUUUACUGCUCA